CAAUCUGUUUUCUCUAUAAACUUUUCCCUCCAUUUUGCCGCCUUCUCUUCUUUUUCUUUCAUUCAAAGUUUUUGCAAAAAAGACCCUUUUAGUUCAUUCUUCUUCUUCCUUUUAGCCAAAGUUUGUAAUUUUUUCGGGAAAUCGGAGUUUUUUUGUGGUUUUUGUUAUUAGAAAUGGGAUCUUCAAAAAAAUACCAAGUAGAUGGAAGCAAAGAAGAGAAAAAAAUGUGGGUAAUUGCAGGAAUAGCUUUUCGGCCAAAAUUGAAAUCAAUAGCCACAAAAAAGCCCAAUAGAGAAGAGUGUGAAGAUGAAGAAGAGUGUUCAACAACUCCAACGGCAAGAGAUUCAAGGAUACCGGAAAAACUUCCAUGUCCACCGGCUCCGGUGAAACGCCGGCCGGCGUCAGUGUGUAAUUAUAAUGGUGCUAGGGAGUAUUUUAAUCCACCAGAUCUUGAGUCUGUAUUUAUUAUUCGCCACGUGGAGAGAGCAAAUUAAAUACCAGUACAACGAACCAGAAAGAUGCACUUUUGCUCUUUGUUUUGGGUCUAUUUUCUUUUUCCUGUAAGUUUGUUGUAGUAUUUUUUAGUAGGUUAGGUUUUUGAGAUUGAAAUAAGGGUUAUGAUGUAAAUAAUAGGUAUGGUGUUAGCAAUUUAACUAGUAUUCAGUUCUUACUUCUUUCUAUCAAUAAA